CCGCCGCGGGAGGCCAUGGCGGGGGCUCCGCCCGCGGCGCCGCGGGGAUUCCUCGGGGCGGGGCGUCCUCCGGCUGCCACAGACGCGCCGCUGCUGGCCCCGCCCCUAUAUAAGGGGCGGCCUCAGCGCGGCCCCGACCGCGGCUGUCGCGUCUCCCGCACCGACCUGCGCUCGGGCACCAUGGCAGACCAGUCUUUUGUGACUCUAGCCACAAAUGACUCCUACGUGAAAGGAGCACUAGUACUUGGUUCAUCCUUGCAACAGUAUAGAACAACGAGGAAGCUGACUGCACUCAUAACUCCUCAGGUCUCAGAUCUUAUGAGGAGAGUGCUGGAAAAAGUCUUUGAUGAAGUCAUAUUGGUAAAUGUCUUGGAUAGUGGGGAUUCAGCACACUUGGCAUUAAUGAAAAGACCUGAGUUGGGCGUCACACUAACAAAGCUUCACUGCUGGGAACUGACACAGUUUUCAAAAUGUGUUUUCAUGGAUGCAGACACAAUGGUUUUGUCAAAUAUAGAUGAACUUUUUGAGAGAGAAGAGCUAUCUGCAGCACCAGAUCCAGGCUGGCCCGACUGUUUUAAUUCAGGAGUUUUUGUUUACCGACCUUCCAUUGAAACAUACAGUCAGCUGUUACAGUUUGCCACAGAGAAAGGCAGCUUUGAUGGUGCAGAUCAGGGGUUAUUAAACACCUUCUUCAGCAGCUGGGCAACAACAGACAUGAGCAAACAUCUACCGUUUAUUUAUAAUUUGAGCAGCACUUCUGUAUAUUCCUACCUUCCAGCAUUUAAAGCGUUUGGUGCCAAUACUAAGGUGGUGCAUUUCCUGGGAAGCACAAAGCCGUGGAACUAUACAUAUGACUCCAGAACAAAAAGCAUAAAGGGCAACAUGGAUGACCCUAAAAUAGUUCACCCAGAAUUCCUCAACAUGUGGUGGGAUAUCUACAUAGCUGAUGUUUUACCAUUACUAGAACAGCAUGGAAUUGUUAAAGAAAUCACUACAGGGGUAAAUAUGGCAGAAGUUACAGAGGCAGUGUCCCACGUAUCAGUAUCACCACUAUUACCAACUGAAUCUUCAGAAGAACGCAAGGAACGGUGGGAACAAGGCCAAGCUGACUAUAUGGGAGUGGAUUCCUUUGACAACAUCAAGAAGAAACUUGAUACCUACCUUCAGUAGAAGUGCCUGUCUCAAACAGUGGUGAUGCAAGGACUUGUUCCAGAACUAACAGCUAGAAAGGUAUAGAUGGUGGUCAGUUACACUUGCUAGUAGCUUGAGGAAAAACUUGGCUGAAGGCCUCUGCAGUGCUACAGAUGAAGACUGAGCAAAAGCUAGGAAGCAGAAUCCUUGGGCCACCUAUUACUGCCCAAUUUCCAAUUCUCCAUACUAGAUAAAGCCAGGUAUUUUCAGCUUAAAAUUUCUUCUGUUUUGAUCAAUUGGCUCAACAUAUUCUUUAAACUGGGUUUGUUACCUCACCUCAUUAGGUGAUUAGCAUUGAUUCCUUUGCUUGCUGUUUUAGAUGUAAAAUCUAAUUCAUGGGAUUGCUCAUACACUGGAGUGGUAGCCAUUCUGCUUUACCAUAAAUGUAUUAAUGACACUGGGAUACAUACAUGUAACAGUAAUAGCACUGCUUUGCUCUUCCAGUCACAAUUGCACUGAAAUUUUGACCAGGUUCUUACGCACAGUGCCUGCAGCAUGGCAGAAUGCGUUUUUCAGUUCUGUAUACUAUGGGACUAGUAAACUGAGUUUUAUCUGUUCCUUGCAAUGUUGCACUUGAUACAAAAAUAAAAAGUUAUCAUGCAUUUCUGUCUUCCCUAAACUCUUGAGCAAUUAAAAAAAGGAGCUUUAAAGCAGUCUAACUAAAAUAUUCAACAGGUAUAAAUAUCCCUUAAGCUUUGCUGAUAUUACUCAAGCUCUCAUUAGCAAAUGUCCGGCUUUUAGUUCAUAAUUAUUUAGAAGUACUUAGUGAUUUGCUAGGGAGUUGUUUAGGGCCAAUCCCCGUAUUAACUUGCCAUAAAUAUAGGACAGGGCACAUGAGGAAGUACCUGCUGAAGCUGUUUACAUUAGUAACUUGAAGUUUGGGAAGAAGGCAUCCUUCUUUCAAGUGACUAAAGAAACACCAUCCCUAAUGUAAGCCCUGUACAAUGAACUUAGUCAUAAAAACAACUGUGAUACUACUUUGGCAAAGAAAGAUUACGUAGCUGCUUAAGUAACUGUACCUACCCUGGUAAGGAAAACUACUUUUUCCAUGUGUAAAGACAGUAAAGAAAGUGCUUUUUUUGCCACACUCAAGCUACAUGUACUCCAAGACACAUGGAAAAGCAGUAAAAAUAAAGCAUGCUGAUGACAGAUUGGCUAUCAUCUGUACUAAGGUUUUUUAUCCUUAAGUAAAAAGUCUAAACAGAACAAAAUUAGUGUUUUUUUUUACAGCUGUACCUUGCACAAAUCCAGAAACACUAAGAAAAUAUAAAUUCCUUAUUUCCUAGUAAAGGAGGAUUUUAGCUGGAAUUUAGUGAUGGUGCUAAAUCUUGAGCCUAGAGAUAAAAUAAACGAUCAACAAGCUCUCAUCAUUUGCUGGUAAAGCAGAAGAAAUAAUAUGAGUAUAAGGGUUGGUCUAUUUUAACUUGUUUUUACUACUUAAUUCCUCUAUGAUUUAGUUGUUCGCCAUUUAGAAAAAAUGCUAAAAGAUGAGGUCCAAACCAAAGUAGCUUGUAGCUACUUAAAAUAACAUAGUAUCUGAACUCCAGGUUGUAACUAGCCCUUUCCUGUAUGAGUUUUUCUUUUGCUGUGUUUUUUGUUUGUUUGUUUUUGUUUUUGUUUUUUUUUUUAAACAGAUAAAUUUGAAGUUGUGUGAAAGCAGGAGGGAUUACUAGUUACAGUCUGUAAUGAAAAAAGUAUAGUUUAUCAAACAAAUAUUGGAGAGUUCUGCAUACUCAAAGACUACUCUAUGGAAAAUGGUAAAAUACUCUUUUAAAGCCAAACAGUCUAACUUGUCCUCCCCUUGUCUGUAUUCAUACUGGAGAGUAGGGACAUUACUUCUUUUUAAACUUAGUUUUAGAGAACCAAGAAAGUAUAAAAGUGUGAUACUUAUUACCUGCCUGAAAAUUUGGUUUAGCAUGUAUGUUUUGUUACAUUAAUACAAUAAGAUAAGGAGAGAUGCUGAAUAAGAUGAAAACCAGCAUGUUUUGGGUUAGCAAUACCGUUAGUGAAGAAAGAUAACCUGUGAAAAGAAUUCUGCUGUAGCCUCUGUAACUCAUACUAUGAUCAAGUGUUUACCACAGCCUCAGGAAAGGCAUGACAUCUAUACCAAAUUCUAUGCAGCUUAUUUUCAAUAAAAUGACCUUUAUGUCA